GGCGUGACUGCACUAUUAAUAUAUGCUCCCUUUGUAAAUAGCUGUUUCACAAUAAUAUUGAUGAAAUACGUCGGUUAUGCGAUCUAAUAAUUCGUUCUACAGUGGAUAGAAUACAGCUGAAAUGAUUCUGAAGCUACUUCCAUUAACCACCUUUAUAGUUUUAACCCAUGUAGUUGACGGACAAGGAUUUUUUUUUCAACUCAAAGAAUGUACGUCGUAUACUGAUGACAUUACUCAAUGUGCGACUCAAUAUCCCGUAAUUCAAGGUGAUUCUGAAAAUGCUUUGAAUAUAUUUUCACAGAAUGCUUCUGACCUGUGUAGCAAACAGACAGAUUAUUUGUCAUUGAUUAAAUGUAUUCGAGGAAGUAUGGACAAGUGCUUGUCGAGUACAUUUAUGAACAUUUUUCCUACAGAUGAAGCAUAUGGUUCAGCAUUCACAUAUUUUUGCCAGAACAUAGAAUCUUUUAACUUUAGUUGUGCUAUAGAAGGUGGAGGGGAAUCUGCAAAUUGUACUUCACAGUAUUUCCAAGACUUUGGUAUUACGAUUCCAACUCGUGAGGAUGGUUUUGAUAAGUGGAAAGAUUACUUUUGCAAAAGUCAGGAAGGUAGUUCUGCUUGUAUUUCCGAGAAUAUGAAGUAUAAAUCAUGUCCCAGUACACUGAACAUAAUGCAGGAACUCAAUAGAUUAGCAGCACCUCCGAUUUGUUCUAAUAACACUAAUGGCUCUACGAUUAACAAUGCUGUCAAAGAUGAUGCCAAGUACUUUGCCGAUAAAUCGCAGUGUCCUGGCUAUACUAAAGGAAUUAACCAGUGUAGUGAUACAUAUCAGGUUACCCGACCUUUGACCAAUCCUCUAAACUUUCUGCAACAAGGUUCUUCAAUAUGCAAUAGUAAUCGUUUAGUAUAUAGUCAACUUCUAACCUGUAUUUUUGAUGUCACCAACCUAUGUUUUUCAACAGACGAUUUCAAAAGUCUAUCGCCCACAAUAACGUCAUACAAAGAUGGCCAUGUCUAUUUUUGUGAAAACGUUAACUCAUUGAACCAGACGUGUAUAAGAUCAGCUGCUCAGGAGCUGAAGAGUUGUGUUUCAGAAAAGUCAAAAUCCAGCGGACUAACGACUCCCUCAGCUGGCGAUAGCUUUAGUAAAUGGAAAACCUACAAGUGCAAGGAACAAGAAUGGAACAUUAAGUGCUAUGUUGAUGAUUCCAAGUUAAAAACCUGUCCAGCAACGCAAGAAAUACUUCUUCAAAUUUGGAUAAAGACACUACCGCCAGCCUGUGAAGACUUGAGAACAAUUUUAAAUGGUACUAAUGGCGUAAUUGCUAGUGUUCUCUUCAUUUUUAGUUCUAUGAUUUCGGCUAUUAUUACUCCACUUUAAGUAAUGACAAUAUUAUUUUGAAUUUAUUCAGUUUUCUCUCACAAUUGCGAAUACAAUCCUAAAAGAAUUUCUCAAGAACAUCAAUAAAACAUAGACAUGGAAUGAUA